GGAUUUCUAAGGAUGAACUCUUUGGUCAAUUAUUUGAUGCACUUGAAAAAAUCCACUAUUUUAAGAGUACAUCUGAUGGAAAUGACGACCAGGUUCAGCUGGAUAGGGCAACAAAUUUAUUUCAUAAUGCUCUAGAGGUUUGUAGCAAGGCGAUCCACACGAUCUCUAGUCUGCUCUCGUCGAGCCUCUUCGACGGCACUAGCCUACAGAUAGAGGAAGUGCACGAAGGGUUCCAUUUCAUCAGUCAGGUUCUCAGUCAUCAAGUACUCCAGAAUCUUCUCCAGCUUGAGACAAGGGGAUUCCCUUUCACCUUUUCUCUUUCUCAGUGUGAUGGAGGCGAUAAGCUGAUGUCCUCAGGAGCUGACUCUGGUGUAUUGAUAAGGAGUUUUAGGUUGGGUGAGAAAUUGAAUGAGAGCAAAAGUGGAGGGGUUCUAAGUGCUUGGCACUGGCCAUGCUGUUAG